CGAUAAAAAUCAUAAGUAUUCACUGAUAUAUAUAGUUUGAUUGAAAAUACAUGUUGUCUGCAGCCUGCACUCUGCACUCUGCAGCAGUCGGCUGACUCUGUUCUCUCUUGUGUUUUGACUUUUGUACCACGAACAGUAUUUAUAAUCGACAGAAUAGUCUUGAAAAUAUGCGCAGGGACACGGCACAUAGCCUCCUAAAAUAAUUACAGCGACCUUUAUAUUUUUUUGUCGUUCUGUUUUUAAAAUAUAGGCUGUUGAACUAUUUCAAAGCACAACAGCUAAAGUGAUCAAUAACACGGAACUUCGUAAAGUGAUUGCUUGCACACCUGGGUAAAUAGAGGGGUAUUACUUCACAAUCACUAUAAAAGAGAACGGCUUUCAAUCCACACAGAACGGUUUAAAAGCAAGUUCUCAUACGACCCUCAUUCAUCUGCGUGCCCCAAUAUGGCACAACUCAUCUCGAAGGUGUCAGUCAGCCGAACGUUAGACACAUUUAACAAACAGAGAAGUCUGGAUGUACCCGUAUCACUGACGUCUCUUGGGUCACCUGGCUCAUUCAGCUUUGAUGAGUUACAGUUUUGUUCUACAUGUCUGGGUCUCGAUAUGGUUAACGAUGCGGCUUCAGCACCUAAUCGCGUGACAGAAGUGAAACGAAUCGAAUACAUUAUGAAGACCGAUGUAAUGGACGUAGUAAAGAGCACAGAAGCACCUUUAUGGGUUUCCAUUGAAAGAUCGCGACCCAGUUUAUCAACCAACGAGAGUUAUCAAAAUUAUAUAAGUGGAAGUCGAAGUGAGGAUGUAUUUAGUCAAACUUCAACGGUGAAAAGAAGCGGUACAAAGAGGCUUAAGCAGAUUUUUUCUGCUAGUUUGACAAGCAAACACAGUAAGGGCAAGUAACUGGAGAGAUAACGGCACUUGAACGCUUGACGGAUGUUUUGGUGUUUUACGUGAACCAGAGUUGAACAUGGGCAGGGAUUUUUUUCCGAAGAGAACGAAAGAUUUGCGUGCUUUCCAGUCGCAAUUUAGAGUUGCGCUCGCGUACAAAGAACUGUACAGCGCAAUUUCCCCCCCCAAAUGGAAUGAAUUGCUUGUGUGCUUUCCAGUCGCAAUCACGAGUUAUGCUCGCGUGCAAGGGACUGUUCAGCGCAUGUACAAUCAAGUUCAAAAUGCCGUUAGUCUUAUCGUCGAAUGGAGGUUCAUAUCAGCUACACUGAGAUUCGUGCAUUCUGCGGAUGACCAUUAACAACUGCUUAACAGUAAUAGGGAUCUGUUAGAUGGCAUGGUAGUCAGAGUGAAGUUAACUAGUGUAGACUGACUAUGUGGAUUACUCAGUUCAAACAACAAGUACAUCAAUAUCUACGGACCUCGCCAUUAUCGACCUGAUAUCUGGGGCUGCUCAGUUUCGCAAUUUUAGAUAGCCCUCGAUUUGAGUGAAGCGUGUCAAAAACCUCAUGGAUGACCCAAUUGUAUCAUCGUCAUUGGAUGUGUUAGCUUGAAUUUCAACAAGCAUUACCAUCGUAAAGAUUGUAUUAUCAUACCAAGCAUGGCUUAAAUUACAUUUUUAAUAAAUUGUUGUAAGGAAUAACA